GACUUCCUGCAAUGCACCCACGUCCCCUUCGUCCUCGACCCGCCCAGCCAAGCCGAAUCCGCCCGUCUGCGCGCGCACAUCGCCAAACAAAACCCGCAAGUCAAGGCCCUCCUCGAGACAGCCCCAAAGAACGACGACCAACCCCCGGAGAUCCUCACGCAGGCCCAAAAAGUCCUCGUCUUGUUUACAGGAAGCCAUCACCACUACGUCACCCCAAAAUUCUACACCCAGAGGAGAUCCGCAAGGUGGAGGGGAAAGGUCAAGAUGAGUCAGGAGAUGCGGAAGGGGGAUCGCGAGGGGGUCGUUCGGGGUUUUGCGGGGUUGGUUGGAGGGCGAGACAGGGAGGGUGAUUGCGGAGUUGGUGCGCGAGAGGGGGGAGAUGGCGGAGAGCAAGAAGGGGGAUGUAGUGUAGGUUCUGUUGAUGUUAGAGGGUAUACAUGUAUGGGUUCAAUCUGUACAGUUCACAUAAUAUACGGCGUACAUGUACAGGCUUGGAAUGUAGCAUCCUUGCGGCAAGGAUCUUCGCAUCGGUUCAUAUAG